UGUAACCUUGCAUUCUAUCUUUCACUGUUUUUAUAGUGUUUAUUGGUUGGUUCAAUGAAGUGGGAGGUUUUCUGAAAAUAAUUUGUCCCGUGCUCCUAGUUGCCUAUAUAUACAGAGAAACCUGCUGUCCCAGUUGCUCGAGAAUUUAAAAACAUUUCAUUAUGUUUGAUGCUCGGGCUCCAUUUUUUGCUGUCCUGUCUCUUGUGCUAUUUUCCAUAGCAUAUCUAGGCAGUGCAGCUCCUUAUUUUGAAGUGCAUAUAUCUCCAAAUGGAUCAGCAUCAGUCAUAGGCCAUAUCUGUCCCAAUUAUACUCCUAUUGUCUGGAUUCAAAAAUACUAUUCUACAGAGUUGAGGGCUUCUGCUUUCAGGUUCUCUUGUGAGGAGGAUACUGAUGUGCUUUAUGACCCAGGCCACUGGACUACUCCAAAAGCCCAAGCUGGCAAGUCCAUGAGUCAAGUACUGCAUAGCUGCAACCUACCAAACUCUGUUAUAGCUGGAGCACGUCUUGAAGAUAGCUUAUUUGACUUAAAAUGGUCAUUUUACUGCAGCACCUUGGCAAGUGGUUGGAGGAUUGCUAGUGAUGAUUGCAGGAAUGUAGUGUUGGGAUCCUUGAUGAAUAGUAACAGUUCUGCCAGUGAUGCUUUUGUAAGCCUAGUGGAUACAUAUAACUCUUAUACCCAUACUUUUAUGAAUUUCAAUGAAUGGAUUUUGACGACAUGCAAAAUUAAAGAAAUUAUUUGCAUUAAUAGUACUGAAUACUGCAAUUAUGAGUGCUGUCAGGAUGUGAGAGUAUAUCAUUCUAAAAGUAUCAGAUGCAAUGGAAGUGACGGGCUCAUCAUUGAAUGUCAUGAUAACUUCUACUGGACAGGAGACUAUAUCAUGUGUUCUAAUGAUGUUAAUCCAGUCUAUCAUUAUUGCAGAUUGUGUCAUGGUAGCUCUUUCAUUCAGUUCUGUGAGAUGGUAUACUGCAGCUCUUCUGGUCAUUACAAGUGUCAAGUUUGCUUUGAAACCCAUCCCGGUACUGGAUGGCCUCUUGUUCCUAAUAAAACCGCCCGUAAAUGUCGCAGCCCUGGCAGGGUUGCAUCUUUUAAGCUUGUUGUAAAGAAAGAUGAAGUUGCUUUUUGUUUUGGCUAUCACCUCUUGUGUACUGGAACCGGUCAGCAUCCGCUCACAAUAUUGCUCUAUGAUACCAAUAACCCAAUGGAUAAUUAUCAAGUGCAGAAUAUUUCAUCAACGCUGGUCCCUGUUUGCCUUUUUAAUCACACUUUUGCCUGCAUGAUCAGUAACAAGCAUGGAAAUGAAACUAAAUACGUUUCAAUAAGACACUCCAUUAUUCCAAUAGUCCUUCAUUCUGAUACUACUUUCACUGCUUGUGAGAUGACCAAUGUUACCUUGCCUUGUAUAACCCAAGGGAGUAUGCAUUACAUUGAAUGGUACUUCAUAGAGACACUUCUCACUAAUGAUACUUCAAAUUACACUCUUCUUGAUGAGAGGGGCAUCCUCUUAAUCUCCUCUGCUCAUAAGGACAAUAUUGGCAGCUAUAAAUGCAAAGUUUGGAAUGGUUUAGGCGAAUUUGAGAAAUCAAUGUGGCUCACUGUUGAGUCAUUUGAAAGCUGUGUCUCUGUUGUCCCAUUAAGAAAACACAGUGAACAUCAAAUACGCUUGAAUUUUUGAUCUUAUGAAUCAUCAUAAUUUCUUUUUGCACAGCCCCCAUGGUAAUUGCAGUAUAGGUCAGUCUAAAGUUUUCAAUACAGAAAACUCAAGGCUACCUUCCAGUACACUGUAUGAUCCCACAUCAGAGCAAAGAGUGGGACAUAGGAACCAUCAAACAGCACUCAACUCUAUGUUUAGCAGUCUCAGCCCUUGCCUUCCCUAUAUAUCCUUCUCCCAGCCAAUGAUAUCUUCUAAUGGCCUUUGACCCAACUAUAUUGUGUACCUUAGUUAUCUGGAACCCAGCUAGAACCCCAAAGAACUAUACUCUUUUUUCAGCAGAUAAGUGUAAUAUUUUAAUGUACAUGUACCUGUUUCCUCAUAUAGGUGGUGGCUUCUCCAUCAAAUGCAUGAUGCCCAUACCAAAGGUCUGUUCUAACAAGUACUCUUGGUUCUAACUAAAGGCAAAAGGCUAUUCAUCUAAUUGAACUUUUGGGUUUUUCUGUCUGUUGUAAUUUUUCCAAUAAAGUUUGGUUUUUAUUUUUCGGGCAGUUUUUCCCCUGAGGAGGGUCAGGACGUUAGCUCUCCUCUAAAUAAACUGUUCCCCUUGUUGACUGAACUGUUUUACUUUCUUGAAACUUUUCUUAGAAUGUUUCUGUGUGUGUUAUAAUCAAAAUUGUGAUAUAAUCAUCAUGACGAUUGUUUUGCAAAUUG